AUGCCUGGACGGCCGCUCUCCCCUGGACCCGCCUGUGCUGGUGGGAGUGAGUACGGCCGCUGGCUCCAGCUCAGCCCCUGCAACUGGGUGAUAAAUGCAGGGAAGAGCCAGCACAACGAGGACCAGGCAUGCUGCGAGGUGGUGUUUGUGGAGAGGAGGCCCAGCCCGAGGGGCCGGCUGCCGUCCAGGGAAAGCAGCGGGGAGCUGGACGGGGGCAGGAAGGGUUUUUAUUUCCACUAUUGGGCCUUGUUUGACGGCCAUGCGGGCAGCGGUGCUGCUGUCAUGGCAUCCAAGAGGCUCCACCUGCACAUCUGCGAGCAGCUCCGGGACCUGGUGGACAUCCUGCAGGACCCCUCUCCGCCUCCCAUCUGCCUCCCGCACGACAUGAGGGCUGGCCCUGCGGAGCUGAGCCGGGUGCCCCUCUCAGAGGACGACAAGGAGGUCCCCAACGAUGCUGUGCCGCGGUUUCACCUGGAGAAAGCUGUCUCUCACGAGAGCCUGGUGAUCGGCGCCAUCGAGAACGCCUUCAAGCACAUGGAUGACCAGAUCGAGCGGGAGCGAGCGUCCCAGCGCCUGUCCGGGGGCUGCUGCGCCCUGGCUGCUGUCUACCUCAUGGGCAAGUUCUACGUGGCCAAUGCCGGCGACAGCAGGGCCAUUAUCAUCCGUAACGGGGAAAUCAUUCCAAUGUCCAGGGAGUUUACUCCAGAGACAGAGAGGCAGAGGCUGCAGUUUUUAGCGUUCCUGAGGCCCGAGCUGCUGGGGAAGGAGUUCACCCACCUUGAGUUCCCCCGCAGGAUCCAGCCCAAGGAGCUGGGGAAGAAGAUGCUGUACAGAGACCAAAACAUGAAUGGCUGGGCUUACAAAAAGAUAGAAGAGAAUGACCUGAAGUUUCCACUUAUCUAUGGGGAAGGCAAAAAGGCUCGGGUGAUGGCCACGAUUGGGGUCACACGGGGCCUGGGAGACCACGACCUCAAGGUGUUCAGCUCCAACAUCCACAUCAAGCCUUUCCUAUCCUGCUUCCCAGAGGUCAGGGUUUACGACCUCACGCAAUAUGAGCACUGCCCCGAUGAUGUUCUGGUCCUGGGUACCGAUGGGCUCUGGGAUGUCACCAACGACAAGGAAGUGGCUGCCGUGGUGAUGGAGGUGCUGACGAGCUAUGAGCCCAAUGACCCGUGCAGGUACACCAUGGUGGCCCAGGAGCUGGUGGUGCGGUCCAGGGGGGUGCUGAAGGAGCGGGGCUGGCGGCUGUCCAACGACAAGCUGGGCUCUGGCGAUGACAUCUCUGUCUUUGUGAUCCCUCUGGGCGGCCCGGGCAACUACACGUGAUGCCCAAAGACCCCGGGGCAGAGGGGCUCGUCUCGCCUGGAUGGAGACAAGCGGGACACCAGUGCUGCCUCGGGGCCACCUCUCCCCCGAGCACUUGUUUCCUGAGCCGACCGCAAGAAGAGUAAGAAAACCUGGAGCCUCUGUGCCUCUGCCCCUGCCCAGAGCAUCCCCCUCCACCUGCUGCAUCCCAGCCCUGGGUGGAGAUGGAAAGGCCUUGGACAGGGAGCAGGGACUGGGGUCGAGGGAUGUUUUUUGUGCUGCCACUUUCUUGAUUGCUGUGAAAAGCCUAAAUCCUCCCAGGCUUCUCGGUGUCCUGUGCACCUCGCCCUGGGCCUGGGCGCGCUGGUGCCAGCAGCGUGUGACGGCCGCCGGGCUGGUGGGGCUCUCGUACCUGGAGAAGUGUGUGCUUGCUGCUGCAACCAUCCCCUCUCCCCCCACCCUGGGACGCUUGCACCAGUGACACUGAAGCUGCUGUUGGGGCUGGGUGCUGGCCCAGGAUGGGCCAUGCCCGGGGGUGAAGCCCUGCUGGCAGCCAGGCAAUGCCCAGCCUGGCAGAAGUCUUGUGGUGGUGGGCAAGCCUCACCACUGGCAUCCCAGCUUUGUGCUUGUCCUCUCCAGCCCCUCACGCCUUCGUCCCAGCCCCAUACCUUGUCUUAGUCUCUGGUCUGGGAGGCCGGGGCGGUGCUUGGUCACUGGCGCACCGAGAGCCCCUGGGAAGGAAUGAGCUAUUGCACUUGCACUGGCUGUGCCACGGGUUCUGCCUUGGAUCACUGCUGUGUUUCUGGAGCCAAUUACUUGUUAUUAGCUGGAAAAUGUCUAAAUCCUUUCUUGUGUGGAGUCUGUAUGAAUAUAUGUCUGUAUUUUUGAGCGGUUCUAAGUUGGCCACUGCUGAGCAGUGGUUGCACACAGAGCAGCCCUAUUCAGCUGAGCUUAACAGCUUAAACGUGCUGCGUGGAUCUGCUUAGCCGAGGGCUGGAAGCCCACAGCAAAAGCAGCUUGGUUGUGACUGAGGGGGGGGGGGAAGACAACUCCCUCCUUUUCCUUAAUAAUCUCAAAGCCAGUGCUAAGCAGAGCCGUAGCAACAACUGAUCCCUGCAUGGUAUCUUGUUCUGCAUCACGCAUAGCUCUGACCCAGAGCCACAGAGCAUUGCAUCCUCCCAAAACAGGAGGGAUGACCCCAUCCUGGCAGCGUGGUGAGGGGGGGCACUGGGCCGUGGCCCCUUGUUUUGGAAAGGCUCUGUGGCACCAGUGGUUUGUGUCCUGCUGUUGCUGGGAGCAGCCAGCUCUUGUCAAGUGUCACCUCUGGUGGAUGUUGUUUGUCUCUUGUAAUCAGCGAGAUGUAAAUAAAGCGGGUGUACUUAAUGGGAAGUGAAAGUUAUCCAGCGGGAUUUU